AAUACAUUUAUUGUUAUUUUUUUCUCUUAAGAGUAAGACAACCUCAUUUUUGUUUCAUCUUCAAAUCUUGUCUAAACAUGUUAUUGUUCCCUCUUCUCGUUCUCACUACUCUUGUUUUUUCCUUUCAUUCUUUUCUUUAAGUUUCAGACUUCAUUCUCUUAUUCUGUUAAUAAUUUUAGACAGUGAUGAAGCAGCAGCAGCAGCAUCAACACUCAGCCCACAAGCAAAAACAGAAUUUAUGGGCAACUAUGGUGUUGCGCAAAUGGCUUAACAUUAGAAGCAAGAAGUCUGAUUCUGUCGCUGACUCCGAUGAUAAUGAGGAUGACCCUGAAACUGACUCAGACAAUGAAGAGUGGAGAAGUGGUUCGCGGUAUAGGGACAGCAGAGAAGAUGAAACUCCAUCUGAAUCAUGUGAAUUUCUCCCUGGCUUAAGGAGGCAAAAGUCGUUAACCGUAAGGUCUCAAUAUAUAAACAAGAAGGAAUUAAGAGUAUGUGUUGGGACAUGGAAUGUCGGAGGAAAACUUCCGCCUAAUGACCUUGAUAUUGAUGAUUGGCUAGACAUUAACCAUCCAGCUGAUAUAUAUGUCCUUGGUCUUCAAGAGAUUGUGCCUUUAAACACAAGUAACAUUUUCGGGGCUGUAGAUACUCGUCAUGUACCGAAAUGGGAAAACAUUAUUAAAGAUACAUUGAAUAGAGUUCAACCAAAACCAUCAAAGAUAAAAUCCUUCAGUGAUCCUCCGUCACCGUCGAAGUUUAAACCAUCAGAUGAUGCUCCAGAUAUUGAAGAAGAAGAAAUCCUACUAGAAAGUGAUGGUGAUAUUGGUGAGGAAAUCCAUCCUUUGGAUGAAGGAUAUGAAGUAUUCGACGGAAUCACCGAUAAACCAAUCACACGUGAGUUGUUGAAUACUAGUUCGAAGGAUUCAAAUGCUGCUGAUAUUGCUAACUCGCGAGUGAUAGUUGAUAAUGAUUUAGAGAAUCAGUUAUCUUAUCAAAGGAGGUUGGAUAGGCUAAACUGUUUACGUGACGAGGAUUUAUCGGCAAUUAUUGAAACGCCGUCUUCUCCACAGAUUAUUAAACUAUCUAGAAUGGUUAGUGGGACUGAAAGGAUUGGAUUGAGCUGGCCAGAGCCACCAUUACAUUUGUUAACUCAUAGUGUAUUGGAGAGAGCAACUUCUUUAAAACCUGUUAAAUCGUUUAACACGACAAAGUCAUUUAGAGCCACUGAUUCUUUUAAAUCAAAAACAGAUGCCAUGGAUUUAUUGGCUGAAAUUGACCUUGAAGCUUUGAUGAAGAGGAAAACAAGAUCGUCGUAUGUGAAGAUAGUAAGCAAGCAGAUGGUUGGAAUUUACAUCACCAUUUGGGUUCGAAGGAGCGUGCGAAAACAUAUUCAGAAUUUGAAGGUUUCCACUGUUGGUGUUGGUGUUAUGGGCUAUAUUGGUAACAAGGGAUCAGUAUCAGUGAGCAUGUCUAUAUAUCAGACACUUUUCUGCUUUGUAUGCACCCACCUUACAUCAGGUCAAAAGGAAGCAGAUGAAAUCAAAAGAAAUGCCGAUGUUCGUGAAAUACAUCAAAGGACUCAUUUUUAUUCACUUUCCGAUAUCGGACUUCCCAAAAGUAUCUUCGAUCACGAAAGAAUAAUUUGGUUUGGCGAUCUGAAUUACCGAAUCAACUUGUCAUAUGAAAAAACAAGAGAUCUUAUCUCGAAAAAGCAGUGGUCGAAAUUGGUUGAGAAAGACCAGCUUGCGAAAGAGCUAGAAAAAGGUGUAUUUGAUGGAUGGUCAGAAGGGAUGUUAAACUUUCCACCAACCUAUAAGUACGAGGUUAACUCAGACAAGUACAUCGGGGAGGAGCCGAAAGUUGGGAGGCGUACACCAGCAUGGUGCGAUCGUAUUCUUUCAUAUGGAAAUGGAAUGAGAUUACUGAGUUACAAAAGGAAUGAACUUAAACUUUCAGAUCAUAGACCUGUUACUGCCGCAUAUAUUGCUGAGGUUGAGGUUUUCAAUCCCAGGAAGCUACAGAGAGCACUUACAUUCACUGAUGCGGAGAUCGGAAACGAAGAACUCAUGAGUUAUGGCACUUGGAAUUUAUAGCAUAAUCUGGACAGGUGAAGGAGCAACAAUGCAAGCUAUUCAAACAUUUCAAAUUCAGAGUCACUAUACUAGAUAUUAAUAAGUUUCUUCAUUUGAUAUUUCUUAUAUAUUUCUAAAGUCAAAUCUUAUAGAAAAUAUAGUUGCAUGAUUUGUACAUCAGGUAUCUUAUGAACAGGUUUUAAAGCUUGGUUGUUAGAUUGGAUGUAUACGUAAACUCUGCAAUGUAUUUUAAGAGCUUUCAUAGGAAGCUUUGUGUAUGUUUGUAAAGAAUAAAUAGAAAGCAAUGUGUUGAAGAUCCUA